AGAGACGUUUGAAACUCGCAGAUUCAGCUGGAGCUCAACUGCGAAUGAAUUUGCACUACAGGAAAAUAGACUCAGCGAAUAAUUCAAACUUUAGUAAGUUUUUCUCUCUAGUUAUUAUUUAGUGCCUAUAAACAAUGGCAUCGUCCGCUAAUAAUAGUUCUGCCGGCAAAUGGGAGGUUGUAAAGAAAGGCAAGAAACCAAACAGCGCUGGAAAGAGUCAAACCGACAAAAAAUCCAACACUGACGGUGGAAGAAAAGCUCUGAGUGAGUCUAAUCUGCCUAAAGUCGCUUCAAACCCAUCUGUAAAAAUGUCUGAGGCAGCUGUGAAGACUGGAAAGAAGCAAAACAAGGAACAGGUUCCUCCUCCAGCUGUGGCUCAACAAAAAAAGCAGCCCAAGAAAUCUCCGUCAAGCAGCAACACAAAACCUCAACAUUACAAAACAUUGGAGGAAGCAGUCAAGGCACUUAACAUAAAUGAGUUGAGGCAGCAGCUUGAGAAAAGUCAAGCAAUGUUUCCUGAAAAUCCAUCUGUCUGGGUAAAAGAUCUGGCUGGAUAUCUUAAUAGCAAAUUGCUGGCACCAGACACAGAUCCCACACUCAGCACCUAUGCUCACGAUUACCCAUACAGCCUGGCGACGAAGGAACUGCGCAGCAUCAUUAAGAAUUUGCUGGGGAAAAGUGCAGACACACUUCAGGAAUUUUUUGACCAUUGCUUGUUUACCAUGCUCAGUGAGUUGGAUAAACAGACAGGUGAAUCGCUACAUGGCUACAGAAUGUGCAUCCAGGCAAUUAUGAUAUACAAACCCAAAAUAGCCACGCUUAACCUGCCUGAUCAUCUGGAGCUUCUGAGCUCCAACCAGAACCGCCCCACCAAGUGCCUGAGUAUCAUGUGGACCCUUGGACAGGCUGGCUUUAAUGAUCUCAUCCAAGGCAUAAAAGUUUGGCUGGGGAUUAUGCUGCCUGUUCUGGGAGUGAAAACCCUGUCUGCCUACGCAAUUGCAUACCUGGAACGACUACUCGUGCUUCACACCAACCUGACGAAAGGGUUUGGUGUAAUGGGCCCCAAAGAAUUCUUUCCUUUGCUGGAUUUUGCAUACAUGCCGAAAAAUGCCCUAUCAGCAAGUCUACAGGAGCAGCUGAGGAGGCUUUACCCACGCCUGAAGGUGCUAUCAUUUGGUUCAAAGCCAGAAUCAACGCUACAUACUUUCUUUCCUUCCUUUCUCUCCAGAGCCACACCCAACUGCCCUGAUGCUAUGAAGAAAGAGUUGCUAAAUAGCCUGACUGAGUGCCUCUGUGUAGAUGCACAGAGUCUGGGUGUAUGGAGGCAGCUUUACACCAAACACCUAACCCAGUCCAGUCUCUUAUUGAAUCAUCUGCAUAGUACAUGGAGCACACUCCCACCAAAGUUGCGACAGAACCUUCAGGAAACCAUUCAGUCAUUCAGAGUGACCAAUGAAGAGAUUAAGACUACUGGAAAUUCUGAAGAUGUACAGGAAUGCAGUGCAGUUUGCAGUUCUCUUCAGAUGAAGAUUCGCUCUCAGGGUUUUCCAUGGUCACGGCUGCUAAUGGCGGUGCUGGUGUUCGCUGUUGGUUUCAUUGCUCAUGAUGUAAGGUCUCAUGGCGCCUUUGCGGACUCCACCACAGCACUGUACCUAAAACAGAGUGGAAUAACUGCUGUAUCUGAGCAGACCUGGAAAAAAGUGUCACAUUACAGUCAGCAAGGCAUCAGCUGGUUAGCUGAGAAUACACCUCAUUAUUACUCUCUGGCUGUGGAGACUGUGGGUCCAGUACUGAAAGUAACCACUGAGAAGCUGAAGGUGGCUGCAGUCUUAAUCGGACAGAAGAGCUCUGAAAUAAUACUGUGGGUGCAGGAGAACACACCACUAGUCAUUGAAUGGAUCAAUACUAACACUCCAGACAGUGUUUUUCAUUUUCUGGAGUUUGUGAAGGAGCUUCUACUGUUUGUGCAUCAGAACUACAUUUUGCCUGCUGUGCAGUACAUCAUUGUAGCCCUGCAGCAUCUCUGGCAGUCGGUGCAAGACUCAUGCAAUGGUGAAGUGUCAUUUCUGUGCAUACAGAACCAUGUGGUGGCGUUUACCAACAGCACAUGGAUCUACCUUCAGGACACUACAGCAGCUAUACAGACCUGGGCACAGGAGCUGCUUUCCAAAGCAUGAUGCAGGCCCAGCACAGGCACACAAUAUAUCGGACAAAGACUGUCUGCACUUCUGUUUACCCACUUUUGCUGGGUCUGAAGGACAAUUAUAUUUCAUCUAACAUUUCUAAUCUGAGGGACUCCUUGAAAAGUGGGACACACGUUAACUUUAUAAACCACCACAUUCCUUGUUGGUGAUCCUUCUCUCAUCCUCCUUCCAAAUGGCAGGAUUUUUUAUAAUUGGUUUUGUACCCACCAUUUUCUAAAGUUCUUGUUGUAAUUAAUGGUAUGGUAUUUAUUUUAUUGAUGGAAAAAAAUAAAAGACUGCAGUAGACAUUGCUGUUGGAUAACUAGACAUAAAAGUGCUAAAUGACACAAGAUCCAGACAUUUCCAAUUGUAAGAUAACACAGUAAACAAUGGAAAGUAGAGUAGCAAUGAAUUUACAGAAAGACAUUUAAGUCAAAUUUGGUGUAAUGUGAAAGUUUAAAUAUUUAACAUACAUGCUGGGCAACAAUUAUCUCAGAUCCUUGACACUAAUGUUAUUUGGAUCCUAACCUUUAAAUUGAGUUGUUGCGUUUUAUUUACAUCAGCAUGAAAAGGCAUUGUAUGGUUAAAUUACCAAACCUUUAUUCCAGAUUUGUUGCACUAAACUAGAUUGAUGAACUUACUGGGCCUACCCAGUUAGGCUGGUGAAAUAACUAGGGACACAGUUUCACAGCAAUAGCCUUUUUGCUGCCAAUCUUAAAUUAACGACACCACUCACCCAGUUUUUAAGUUUUAGAGAUCUUGAAACGAUUGCUACUGAUUGUCUGCAAAUGUUUUAUUUCAUCCCUUAAUGUGAGCUGGAAAGUUGUAUGAAACAAAGUCUCUUAAUUAUAAGUGUCAGAGAUCUUGAAAUGACUGCUGCUGAUAUUGUCUACUAAUGUUUUACCUUUAACCAAACUGUAAAACAUGAUGUUAAAAUCCUAAUAAAUAAACAAACUUUAUCCCUUAAUGUGAGCUACAAAAUUGUAUGAAACAAAGUCCCUUAAUUAUAUAUGCUAUAUGGCCAAAAGUAUGUAGGAACCUUAUUAGUCAGUUCAGGUGUUUUUAGCUACACCUAUAGCUAUUCCAUAUUAAUGCCCAUCAAACUUGUGGUCAGAUAUCCAAAUGCUUUUUGCCAUAUAUGCCACAUAUUUAAGUCCAGUAGAUCUGAGACUUUUGACAGAAUUUAGCUCAGAAAAACACGUACCAUAGAAAAAUACUGGAUUUGUGUCAGGAACCAGUCAACAGUGUUAAGGUGUAGUUGGUUAUGGUUAUAAGGGUUGUGGUAGCUCAGCGGUCAUGGUACUGGCCUUGUAACUCUAAGGUUGCUGGUCCUGCUAUUCCACUGCUGGGCCCCUGAGCAAAUCAAACUAAAGACCCACUCCAAACAACAGGUCUGGGACUAAAGUAAAAGUGAAUGAGGAAUAUGAUAAAUGUAAUGCCCUAAUGUUGUUUGGCAUAAAUGGUUUAUAAAUGAAUAAAUAAAGUCUUUAGUCCUGCCCAUG